CCUUUCUGACUCAGCUGUCACCACCAGAAACACUCUUUUUGCUCCACAUUGCACGGUUCAUUUUUAGUUUUGAUUUCACGCAGAAAAGACGCACAAAAAGCGCUUUCACAAGUUUUCCACUUUAAACAAAAGUCGGAUGCAUUUAAUCGCGUCAGCAAUUUAAGAAAGUGUGAUUAAAUCCGUGCAAUGAACUUCCAGGAGGGACUGAUUGCAGUGUUUUCCGUUCUUGCCUCUCUUCUCAUUGUGAUUGUGGUCGUUUGUUUGGGUUGGUACCUGGUGUGGAAGUUGUUCCUGUCGCGGUUUAAGCUGGUUCGCGAGCUGCUCGGUUUGGCUCAGUCCGCAGAUUCGCCAACACACACGGACGGUGCGUCGGCAGCAGGUUCCGGAGGGGACGCAAGCAAAUCACGAAACGCCCGAAAGGUACGGAGAGAUUGAACCCCGCGGGGUAGCUUCGAGAGAGG